AUGAAACGUCGCAUUCAAGGAGGUGGCACCUUAGGAUGCAUUCAGACAACAGAACAACACGCGACGGCAAACGCAUCUUUAUACGGAAAUAUUAGUUCACCCUCCGAGGAUUAUUUUUACAAUGAAGUACUGAAAGUUUCCAAUGGUAUCAACGAUUUCGGUGUGCCUUCAUGGAAACUAGUUCUUUGUCUUCUAUUUUCCUGGGUUGUCUGCGCAUUGGCUGUUAUCAAGGGCGUACAAUCGCUUGGAAAGAUAUCCUACUUCACUGCAUUGUUCCCGUAUGUGCUUCUUACAAUACUGCUAAUCCGAAGUUUACUGUUACCUGGAGCAACUUCUGGCAUUGUCUACUACCUGAAGCCUGAAUUUUCUCGUCUGUUAGACCCACGAGUCUGGGUCGAGGCGGCAACCCAGAUAUUCUUCUCCCUCGGUGUUUGCAACGGUGGGCUCAUUGCGAUGUCCAGUUUCAACAAGUUUAAAAACAACUGCUGCCGAGAUGCAAUCAUCGUUGCGUGUAUCAAUUGUGCAACUUCCGUGUACGCCGGUUUCGUGAUAUUUGCCAACCUUGGCUUCAUGGCUCAGGUGAAGAACACAACUGUGGACGCGGUUGCACGAUCAGGUCGAAGCACAUCAGUUUGA